UCACACCUUUAAGUGCGUUACAAUCAGAAUUUUUUUAUAAAAAAUAAAUAUAAAAGUUUUGCAAAGAAAAUAAUAUGAAAUAAUUACUAAAACGUGCCAAUACUCUCAAAUGAUCUAUUAAAAAGAAGCAAACAAUUCCAAAUAUAACCACAAUAAAGCAAUUACCGCAACUAAGAGACCCUAGUAAAGACAGCAGCCAGCCAGCAACAUUAAAAAUAUUUAAAAAACAACAGCAACAUUAUGAAUAGUUUAUUACUUUAUACAAUUUGUGGAUUAUUAUUGUUUUUAAUAAUUUAUCAACAACGUAAAUGUUGGUACUUUAUAUGGCAACUAAAUGGCUGGCGUGGCCUACUCCAACAACCCAUAUUAUGGUUGUUGUUAAUUAUUUAUCUGGAUCCAAAAAGUAUUAUGAGCAGCAUUCAACGUUGUCAUAAAUAUUUUCAAUUCCCUUUGGCCAUCAUUGUGUUUAACCGAAUUUUGUUGUAUGUUGAUGAUCCCGAGACUAUGGAAAGUAUCCUCACUGCACCAGAGUGUUUAAAUAAGACAUUUUUGCAAAAUGGUUUCUAUGCCAACAAGGGUUUAUUACAUGCGAAGGAUGAACAAUGGAAAAUACGCCGCAAACAACUAAAUCCAGCUUUCAGCCAUAAUACUCUUGUUAGUUUCUUUGAAGUUUUUAAUCGUGUUGCUAAUGAGUUGAAACUAAAAAUCUCCAAGAAUUUGCAGGGCUAUAAAGUCAAAUUGAAAAGUUUGGAAGACCUAAUAACUCGUGCAGUUUUGGAAGUAUCAUGCUUAACAACAAUGGGAUUUGAAACAAAUUUCUUACAAAAUGAUGAAAAAUGCAUUGCCCAGGCAUACAGAUAUUUAAUGGAACUAACUGCUUUGAGAAUUCUGAAGCCAUGGUAUCAAAUUGACUUCAUCUUUCGUUUGUUGGACAAUAAAAACUAUGAAAAAUCGAAACGAGCCAACCAGUUGGUAAAAGAAUUUGUGGCAAAUAUUGUGCAACAAAAACAUAUUGAAUGGCAGCACACACUUCAAAACCAGAAGCCAGACAUCAUAACUACUACAAGUGAUGAUGGUGCAACUGCAACUAAUAGAGCAAAGUAUGAGACACCAUUGAAUGCCAAAGAACAAGAAGAACAUGGAAAUAAUCAUAAGUUUACAGGCAAUACGGCCUCAGCUGGCAAUGAUGCGUUAAAAAAUAUUAUAGAAGAAAUUUCAUCUUUGCCAGAGUCAGAUGCAAAUGUAUUCAUGCAACAGCAGCAACAACAUCGCAUUUUUAUUGAUCAAAUAUUUUAUUUGGCCCAGACUGGUAAAUUGUCGUUGCAAGACAUUAUGAAUGAAUCACAAUCGAUGGUUGUUGUGUCCUUUGAAACCGUAUCGAGUUGUAUUAUUAACGCAUUACUGUGUUUGGCAAUUAACCACGAAUGUCAAAUGAAAUUACGUCACGAAAUCAAACAAGUACAGUUGUUGUUGUCGUCAAAGGAUAAAACCAACAACAAAAGCAAACUGACAACAACAUCAAUAAAACAUAAUAAUGAUAGUUCGACAACGACGACGACAACGAACAGCAGUGGAACAUGUGCAAAUACGAUUGACGGUGAUUUGGAUUUCGAUACGACAGAUUGUGAAGGUGAUGUGAAUAAUGGCGGCGGCGGCAGUGGUUAUAAUGAUUCUCAUGAUGGUGCUGAUGAGAAUCAGAAACAGAAUCUGAAUGAUUGCAAUGUGAAAGUAACCAUGGAACAUUUACUGAAUAUGCCGUACCUUGACAUGAUUAUAAAUGAGUCGUUACGUUUAUUGACAACGGUUCCCAUGAAUUUACGUAAUGUCAGUGCAGAUUUUCAAUUGAACGUAAUACAACGUGACAAAUGUACUUGUUUUUGUUGUUGUUGCAACAACAAAAACCCAUAUUGUGGAUGUAGUCAUCGCCGGAGUGUAGUUGUACCUAAAGACACCAUGAUUGCAUUGGAUAUAUUUAACAUGCAACGCAACGAAAUGUAUUGGGGUGAAAAUGCUUUGAAAUUCUAUCCGGAACAUUUUGCAAAAAAACAGCAACAGCAACAACAAGUGAAUGAAGGAAAAGCUGGAGAUAAAACUCCUAUAUCAUCGACAACAUCAGCAACAGCAUCCGCAUCAUCCAGACAUUCUUAUGCAUUUAUACCAUUUUCAAAAGGAUUACGCACUUGUAUUGGUUAUCGCUACAGUAUCUACUUGUCGAAAAUUGUUUUAAUAAAACUAAUUUCAUCUUUUGAGUUUUCCACCAACAUCCAGCUGCAGGACUUACAAUGUUAUGAAGGCGUUUCAUUAAAAUUUCGUAAUGCAGAGAAGAUUUAUUUUCAAAUAAAUCCAGUUGGCUGAACACAUUUGAACCAGAAUUCAUUGCUGUUGUUUUCGUGUUCAUUGUUGUUGCCUGUAAUUAGUAAUAAUUGUAGUUUAAUUAAUUAAUGGUGGUGGUUGAUGUUUAUAAAUUAAUUAAUUCUUGUUAUAUUGUAAAAUAUUGUACUACAAAAUUAUUGUAUUUGUAUUUAAUAAAGAAAAUUAUAAAGUUUA